CUUGCUGAGGACUCUAGACUGUUGUCGAGCGUGGGACGAUCCGAUGCCUCUAGGGCCAUUGUCGCAUAACUGGUUACACAGAAGUUGGUUGCACAGGAAGGCGCGAUGAGUAAGCGAGGCUGUGUAGGACCAACUCUUUCAACCAACUCCUCAGUAUCGCUGCCUAACCCCUCGCGGCACGUUGCAUAGAACCGUCCAAAGUUCCGUACGUGAAGUUAUCGAUUUACCUCGUUGAUUAGGUGUAUGCCUUCGUGCCACUAUCCCCAGACUCUUGCGCAUUUAUUCCUAUCACCUUUGGCAUCCCAUCCCGGAAAAUGGCAACGCCGCGAUUCAUCUGCGCUGACUGGGCCCCCGAUAACACGGCCUGCCAGAAAGCCGGCAACUUCGCCUGCAAGAACUGUUUGCUCGUCGGGUACUGUGGCCCGACCUGCCAAAGAUCCCACUGGGCAUCUCACAAGGCCGACUGCAAGUCGAACCUACGCAAGGAAACAUGGCAGCCCAACUGGGCACUAGAGAACCGACGACCGGCGUUCGUGGGACCGGGACAGCAAUUUGGAGGGAAGAAGUACCUCUGGGGCAACAUGCCAGCUUUUGAUGUAUUGAAUCUCGAAUCCAACGAAGGCGUCGAUUAUGACGGCCAGUUGAACCUUUUGUUUGCUGCAUCUGGCGAUCUUCGGAACCUCGUGAAGACCAUUGCGCAGCUCCCCGCCAGCUAUAGCGGCACUCUUGACGUGACGUUGAACGACCUUGAGCUAGACAUCGUGGUGCGCAACGCCAUCAUGCUUCUCGUCGCCUUCAUUGUCGACAACACGGACGACGCAGUCGAUUGCAUCAUACACGUAUGGUACUCUGCUCGCAUCCGCACAUCUCACCUGGAGAUUCUCCAGCAGCGAAUCCGGCCACUUGUCCAAGAGGUCUGCGAUAAAACCAGGGAGAAGGACCCCCGGAGCGUUUGGGAAAGAACAUGGACGUUUGGUCAGAACUCCCUGAGGCUUGUGCUUGCGCAGUCGGCGUGGAACCGCUUCUUGUCGUAUUUGGAUGUGCCACCAGGCUUGGACGCCGAGAAGGCGAAUCGGAUCCGCCGUGCCGUCACCCUCGCCGAGUCUAGACAGGACUAUCGUGACCGGCACUUUCUGUUCCACUCACCUUCUCAUCGGAUGGCUAAGUAUCGGUUCUGGGAAGACGGGCUCUUGCUACCGUUUGGGUCACGACGGGAUGAAUUCGCCGUGCCGAACCCGACCCUCUUCCAGACCCCUGACGCCUGGCCUCUGUUCGACAAUGCCGAUCCCCUCAACGGGUGGCUCUUGAAGGACAUCUACGCCACCUCAAGCGGGGCGGCGACCGCAGACGUAUACGGCAAGAUGUUCUACCACGUCCGCGGUAUGCUGGAGUCAUUUCUUCGCCGCCUGUCCGGUCUCACGGCAAAGUUUCAGCUCCUGCAAGUCAACGCCCUCGAGCUUCCCGAAUACCUUGAACUGGACAAGUCUUUCAGCCGAAUCGAGGUCGCAAACAUCGCAGACUGUGGCUACGUCGGACCCCAUCGCACAGUCGCCCUCAUGGCGCGGCUGCUCCAGGAGCCCGCAGUGAACCCGCACGCGACGCUCAUCACCCUGUUCAUGAACGCCGUCGACGAGAACAUGACUCACCAAGACCGGAUAGCCGAUGCUACGCAGGACAGCCGUUCGAGCAAAGCCUUGCUCAAGUACAUUCGGCCGACGGGACCAUUGACAAUGACGGGCAACUACAACCCUGCCGUCGUCAAAUUCUCGUUCGCACGAGAUCUCGUGACAUCGUAUGGCCGAUACUUCGAUCGAUUCAUGAAGGAAUUCAUGUUCGCUGAGCUGGGAGAGAUUGUUGGCGCCGCUAUGAAGGACAGGCAUACGGUCAUCGAGAAGUGGCCGUACAGGCUGAGGCUUUCGCCUGGCCAACCAGGGGCGCAGGAGGAGUUUGACCGGGCGCUCGGGGGAGGUCCGUCCAGCAAGGAGCGAUACGUGGAGUGGAAGAGGGUGUAUCAUGUACGACGACGUAGGUUGCUCUGUUGUGAAGCGUGCUACAGUGGCCUCGCACUCGCGGAGUCACGCACUUGCACUUGCGAACAGCGAGAAAUGGUCACGCUUUGAUUAGUCAGCAUCGCCCGGUUUUCUAUUUUCUAUUGCCCCAUAGUGACCGGUGCUUAGUAAUAAAGGACUUGCGGAG